AAAGACCCCGUUGUUAUGUAUGUAAUCAGGAUACUGUUGGGUCAGUAUCGUUUGACCUUUGACCCGUAAGUCGUCUGCAAAUGUUGCUGCAACGAAGUCGUAUCUCAGUCAGUCAGUUUUUCCGUUACAUUAGAUGCAUGCUGACUACAAUGCGUAUGUGAUAAGCUAUACUGCUACUGAUGACCUGUAAAGCAUGGUGAGUACAGAGCUGCUGAAGAGGAUCGCCCUGUACGGAGGAGCCCUGGCUCUCGGCAGCGCCUUCCUCAUGCGGAACCGCAUCCAGACCGGCCUGGCAGCAGGGGAGUACUACAAGAAGUCCCUGGAGGCAUUAAGUCAGGACCCCACAGCCAUGGCAGCACUGGGAGCUCCUCCUCUUAAAACAAGGCGCCUUGACCUUGGUGAUACAGAAGCAAACAACGUGCAGCCGCAUCUCGGAUACGCCAAAUUGGAUAUUCCCGUGGUUGGCGGUCGGGAGAAAGGAACGUUACGGACAUACUGCACGAGAGACGCCACCACCGGAGCGUGGACUGUUGAGAAAUUGCAACUUUUAAUAGAAAAAACAGGACAGAUGGUGACAAUCGUUCCUCCUCAUAGUGAGAGGAGGUAACUGUAGUGGCUGUAUUAGAUGUGAAUGGAAAAACAGUUUGUAACUCAAUAAAAGUGAUGGUAAGGGUAUGUGGGUUUAAU